GCCUGCAGCGUUAACCCUCUGUGGGCCUCAGAAGGAGGUUCCCCGGGGGGUCUGGCAACUCUUUGUGGACAGCACAGAAGGGGACCUGCAUGUGAGGCUUUGAACUUGGUUGCUUAUCUAUGUCAGGAGCAUGGUUCUCAUGAGCAUUUGAUGAUAAUGAUGAUGAUGAUGAUUUGCCAACGCCCCCAAAGAAUCGGCCUUUGGUUCUGGAGCCACACAAUCCCUGCCCCUCCCAGUACUGAGGUCCUACUUGGUACGUAAGAAUGCGUGGGGUGUCCUGAGGGCGUCGUGACUGUGUUUUUAGAAAGGGAAGCUGAUGGGCUGAGAGUUGAGGAUUGGAAAACUUAAGAACUCUCUACAUGCAAUGUAACAUUGCCACCAACUGGCCCUGUGACCUGAAGCAAGCGACACAGCUCCCUGGGCCUUAGCUUUCUCGGUUCUGGAUGACAGAGCGAGGGGAGCGAGGCACUAACUCAGUACUUUCCGGCACUCAUGGUACCUACAGGAGGUGAAUCUGGUCGAAGGGUGAUGUUGGACUCAGUGACACACAGCACCUUCCUGCCCAACGCGUCCUUCUGCGACCCCCUGAUGUCCUGGACUGACCUGUUCAGCAAUGAAGAGUAUUAUCCUGCCUUCGAGCACCAGACAGCCUGCGACUCCUACUGGACGUCCGUCCACCCCGAGUACUGGACGAAGCGCCACGUCUGGGAAUGGCUCCAGUUCUGCUGCGACCAGUACAAGCUGGACACCAACUGCAUCUCCUUCUGCCACUUCAACGUCAGCGGCCUGCAGCUGUGCAGCAUGACCCAGGAGGAGUUCGUGGAGGCAGCGGGCCUCUGCGGGGAGUACCUGUACUUCAUCCUCCAGAACAUCCGCUCCCAAGGUUACUCCUUCUUCAGUGAUGCUGAAGAGACCAAGGCCGGCAUCAAAGACUAUGCUGAUUCCAGUUGCCUGAAAACAAGCGGCAUCAAAAGUCAAGACUGUCCCAGUCACAGUCGAACGAGCCUCCAAAGUUCUCACCUCUGGGAAUUCGUGCGCGACCUGCUCCUGUCUCCCGAAGAAAACUGCGGCAUCCUGGAGUGGGAAGACAGGGAGCAGGGCAUUUUCCGGGUGGUGAAAUCCGAGGCCCUGGCAAAGAUGUGGGGACAAAGGAAGAAAAAUGACAGAAUGACGUACGAGAAGUUGAGCAGAGCUCUGAGGUACUACUAUAAAACGGGAAUUCUGGAACGGGUCGACCGAAGGUUAGUGUACAAAUUUGGAAAGAACGCACACGGGUGGCAGGAAGACAAGCUAUGACCGGCUCCAUCGUCUGGCUCCUGUUGAUGGAUUUCUGUUUUAAAGCUAUCACGUCGCAAUAGACAUUUGCAAGUCUUGGUUUUCGGUUUGUUUGUUUUUUAAACGUGCAAACGUGCUGAUAAAGUUUCUCCACAUCUCCGCUUACAUUUGGAUUCAGAGUUGUUGUCUCCUCACGGGUGAUGGCAGCAACCCUUAAGAAAUCCCACUGCUUUUUUUUUCACCCGGGGGCGGGCGGGGGGGGAUCUUUCCUGGUACCUUGAGCAAACAUGGCUUCCCUAUUCGAGAGGCGCAGAACCUCAGCAGCCAGAGCCACGGGUGCCGCUCAGAGGAAGGGACCCACCUCUGCCUUUAGACUCACCCGGUGCUCCCAUCCCCAAAGCUCCAAAGUUUCCACGCACUGAGCUGUGGCAACUCACAAAGGGAAGAAGUGAUUCGUUCGUAUUUAAUAUAACAGGAAGGGGUGACGUGCUAAGACAAACAUACUGUAGGUUUUACAUCGUUAAAAUUCCAUAGAAAAGCUUCUUAAUUAGUGGAAGGGCUAAGCCAUCCAGCUGAGCGUAGGUUAACAAGAUGUUUCUCAACCAGCACAUCUUCAUGGCCACUCGUCAACACUCCCACAGCAUCCUUACCAAAUAACACACUUACCAUUAGACACAUUCUUCAUUCUUGCUGAGUUUAUUUCCCCUCUUCUCC